AUGUCUAUCACGGACCAUAGCCCCACCACUGGGGUUGUCACAGUUAUUGUGAUACUCAUUGCCAUCGCUGCACUGGGGGCUUUAAUUCUUGGUUGUUGGUGCUACUUGCGGCUGCAGCGCAUCAGUCAGUCUGAAGACGAGGAAAGCAUUGUCGGUGAAGGUGAAACCAAGGAGCCCUUCUUACUGGUCCAGUAUUCGGCCAAAGGCCCGCGGGUGGAGCACAAGACCAAGCUCACACCUAACGGCACGGAGAGCCACACCUAAGACCUCUCACCUCCCUUCACAGUGCACAUGGGUGUUUGUAGACUCCCGUCAGUCUUAAAGAAUUUCAAACCUUACAGUGUCACUCAACACUGAAAUGAAACCAUUCCACCUUUUAAACAAGCUGAAGAACAAAGACAAACCUAGUGCAUGCAGUUGUCUAGUUGCUUUGACUUGAUUUUUUAUUUAUUUUAUUUUUUGCCCAUUUUGUGGUGGUAGAGCCCUGUUAUAAUGUGAAAUCGACAACUGUCAGAGUUUUGUGCAAUGCUGUUUGUAAAGCCGUAACUGAGAUCUGAAGCUAAAUCAAUAAUCUCAGAAUCAAGAUUCUGUUUCUUUAGUGUUUUGACUUUAUUUUUCAUCCAGAGCUGGCUCUGGUAUCAAGAAAUUCAACACAAAUUUUAAUGGACUGAUUUCACAACCAUGUCAAAGUUUUAGAUGGUUUUGAGGCUUUUUAUCCAGUUCAUUCCAUUUACUUUUAAAAAUGUAGGUUCCAUAAAGAACAUUUAACAUGCAUAGCAUCUUUCCAUUCCACAAAAGGUUCUUCAUAGUGGAAAAAAAGAGGUUAUUUUAAGAACUGUUCACUGAAGUGUUUUUGGGGAACAAAAGAAGGCUCUUCUAUGGCAUCUCUGUGAAAACUCUUUUUGAAGCAUUUUUAAGUGUUGAAUUGCAAUACAAAAAGUGUUUUCCAUUACAAAUAAGAACUUCAGGAUACUAUAACUUGCCAAAUUAUGUAAAAUGGCUUUUGAAAGCUCUUACAUUAUAUAUAGUCAUGUUUAGAAUCAUAGUUUCAUUAGCACCUUUUCUCUUCAGUGUGACAGCGUUUGCUGGUUGUGGUUUAAACCUGCUAGGAAACCACUAUAAGAACGAAAGCCAAUGACAGAGGUCUUUUUAUUCUUGCUGAAUUCUAUUGUGACCACAGAGGCUUUUAUUUUUUUGUGGUUGAGCACAUUUUUCCAUUAUGAGAUGUCAUUUGAAAGUGUAAAUAUUAUUUUUUUUAGUUGGCUUAAUGCACAGAUACUGAAAUGUCAUUGAGUUUUUAACCUUGUCCUUCACAGUAUUUUUUUUUUCUUUUUGUGAUAUCGCAGUGUUUGCUGUUUGUACAUGUAAGAUGAAUGUGAGAGAAAUGAUUUAUUUUUAUACAAUAUUCAUGCAAAUGUUGUCUAUAGAAGCAAAAUCAACAGUCAGGCAUAUAAAUGAAGCCUGAAAAUGCAGCUAGUGAUUUCACUAAUAUCAGAUGUUUAGGGUUCUGUCAUACAUUUGUUUGUGUAUUAUGUGCUGUUCGAUAUAAAGAAAAAAACAAGGACAGAUCAUGCAUGUUAAUUUAAUCUGCAUAUUUGAGAAAAAACCACUUUUUAUCAGUAAAGUGCUGAGCAUAUUGCUUCUGUCACUCCAGCCAGUGUGUCUGUCCAGUGUUUGAAUGUAAUAAACAAUAAAAUCUGUUACUAGGGAAA